ACAAGGUCAUCAUAAUGACAAUCACUCGGUUUUCGAAGCACGACAUACUAUUCCACUAGGCUCGGAGUCAAGUUCGGUCAACUAUGGGUCCACCCGAACCUCAGCCUCGUCCAAUCGUUCAAUACAGAAGCACAGGUUCGGAAACGUAUGCACUUCCAUUCCAAUUCCAACAUACACACUCAUAGUGGAACUUCCCGCUCAUUCACACACACUCUCGCUUUCAUUGUUCUGCUUCUCUCUUCUUACCCUUCUUCAAUUCAAUGGCUAGGAGUUGGCUUAUUGACAUAGGAGGAUUUGCAAAGAAAGUAAAAAGCACUGCUUUAUCUUCAUCUGAACAGAUCAAGGAUUGCGGGGCAUAUCGCGAAUGCCCGAACUGUAGUUAUCAUAUAGAUAAUAGUGAUGUUUCUAUUGAGUGGCCUGGCUUUCCUGUUGGUGUAAAGUUUGAUCCUUCUGAUGCCGAACUCUUAGAACAUUUAGCAGCAAAAUGUGGUAUUGGGAAUGCAAAGCCACACAUGUUUAUCCAGGAGUUCAUCCCAACACUGGAAGGAGAUGAAGGUAUUUGCUAUACACAUCCAGAAAAUCUUCCAGGUGCUAAGAAAGAUGGGAGCUAUGUCCAUUUCUUUAACAGAACAAUUAAUGCCUAUACUACUGGUCAACGGAAGCGUCGAAGGAUUCAUUAUGAUGGUCUGACUGAAGACCAUGUACGCUGGCAUAAGACUGGUAAGACCAAAGCUGUUGUCGAAAAUGGAGUACAUAAGGGCUAUAAGAAAAUCAUGGUUCUUUAUAUAAGAUCUAAUAAAGGGUCCAAGCCCUCUAAAUCCAACUGGAUAAUGCAUCAGUACCAUCUAGGACCUGAAGAAGAUGAGAAGGAUGGUGAAUAUGUGGUUUCAAAAAUAUUUUAUCAACAGCAAAAGCAGACUGACAAAAAUGAGGAGAAUCCAAUGGCUGAAGAUUCUGACAUUAUAACAUCACGAACAAGUCCAAGGACUCCAAAACCAAAUCCCCCCAAUCCACCUCGCACAGGAAAAUGUGUUGACUGUGAUGAUAAUAUUGAUGAAGCUGCACUGUCAUUUGCCCAGGAUGUCAAAUAUAUCCCUGGAGGAUCGCACGCCCCACUAUUUGACAUUCAGGAUCUGGACAAUAGAGGCAAUCCUGCAUGGUUGGCUGGUGAAUCACAGGCUCUGGAAGUUGCUGAGUUUGAUGGCUUGGAUGACAUAUUGUUGUGCAAUGAGAUUUUGGAUUCUUCUGCUCUAUUAAAUGAUGAUUUUGGAUUGGACUCCACCACUCUUAAUGGCUUUUCUUCCUAUGAUAACAUAAUGGCUGGAAAUGAUAAUGUGACUCGUGGAACUUCUGUCCUGGAUACACUGGAAUUGGAUACUCCUCCAGAUUUUGAUCUUUCGAAUUUGAACUUUGGUUCUCAAGAUAGUAUCCUUGGGUGGAUGGACAGGUUAUGAGGUGCUCUUUGAAGUAAGUUCUUUUUAAUGCCAUUGGCAAUCCGAGAAGCGUUCCGUUCGAUUGCUGGGGGGUGCACCCUUUCAUUUCACAUUCUUCAAUUACAUCUGGUUCAUCAUGAGAUGUUGCAACUUGCAAGGAGAAAUGAUACUUUUGCAACUUUUGUCAUAUCAUCAAGUUAACUAGUUAAGCCAUAGCUACAGCUGCUGGAGUUUGAUCUUUCUUCAUUUAGGCGGCGGUAUUUGUGUGAAAGUGGUUUUGAUGGUGUAUUUUAUUUGCUGUAUUGGUCUUGAUGGUUAUGUAAAAGCCAUGGAAGUGGUAAAUAGAUCUUUGGGGUAAAAUCCAAAAUGAUGUUGUAGGUUCUAAACUAUAUCUAUUUGACAUGUGAGUGGCUGUAUGUGAAUAAUCUGACUUUAGAUGGCAUCGCAUAUGUUUUUUCAAAAAAUUUAGUACUCCUGGAGAAUGGGGUCUUCGGUA